UAUUCACGCGCAUCGAUGAACAGUUAUUUUCCCCUCAUGCGUAAUUCACAAAUUGUGUCACGCGACGGUGUCAAUAUUUUUGUCCCUCUCUUUAACUUUCUGCGAAAUGUGUAAAGCCACGACUGCGGCCAGAUAUUUCCCUACAGUCGAAUAGAAUGGACUUCGACAGCUACAAGUAUUACAGACACCUGAAAUUCUGUUUCUUCGUGAUAGGACUGACAUUCUUGAAAUCAACGCAGUUAAGAGUAGUGCACACUACGAUCGUAUGUCUGAUACUUCUUCUCGGUUCAAUAUUUCUCAUGAUAGAAGAUUGGUUGAAGGAUAUCAAACGUGAUUCGAAUCAUAUACAAGACAAAGAAGAAUUGAAAAUACUUAAAACACACGUAGCGAUGGAAAACCGUUAUGCAAAUAUUUAUUUAAUUAUAAUUUGUACUGGUUAUUUCGUUCUUACUGUGACGCUGUUUCUUCCACAUCGCAUUCUCGAGGCUUUAAAGCGUAGAUAUUAA